AUGUUUACAUUCCCAGUCAAUGCUCAGAAUGAAAGAGAUUCAUUUGGACGUAAGGAUCCUGAUUCAACAUUCCAUGGAGCUUUUCCACAUUGGGGUGGCGUUCUUUUUAUACUUUCAGGUUUUUUUCUUGUGGUUGCCAUUUUUGGUCUGGUCGGUUAUUUACUUGGUUUUCGAACACCACCAAACCAUCGUCAUCAUUCAUCGACUGAUUCUACCGCUCCAUUUUUUGUUAUACAGAAUUUUACAAAAGUCAUAUAA